GGAGGAGCCACGCAGAGCAGAGCAGCGGUGUCCGAAAGGCUCUAACAGCAGGUCAGCAACUCAGUCUCUGCUCUUUUUCUCUGUUACUUUUCGAGUCAGUCCAGUUUAAGCCAAAAAAAAAGGCUCUUCUGGAGCUGGAGUUAUUAUUUCCCAGAAGUGGGAGCGGUGUCGACGAGGAGACUCUCUGCGGGGGAAAACUGACUGCAGCCAGAAGAUGUUCUGCGGCUUCACAUGAACCAGCAGGAGUGCUGAGACUUCAGGCUUUAGAAGAUCAGAGGAAACAGGGAAGCUAUAACCUGGCAGGCUCCAGCUGUAAGUUAUCUCUCCUCCAUCAUCCAGGACUCCAUGGCUGCCGGUGCGGCUGCUGCCUGAUUCAUUGCACCGUGCAGCUUUCAUCGUUGUUGUUCUCCAGUCCUUUCCUCUGCGCCCUGGCUUCAUGGAGGGAUUUCCUGUGCACUGACCUAGCAGGCUGCCCUCUGGACCAGCAGCCAUGUCAGCUUGUAGCACCUUCACUGAGCAUGUUUGGAAACCAGGCGAGUGCAAGAACUGCUUUAAACCAAAGAGUCUGCACUGUUUGACGCAGAGCAGUGGGGGAAAGCCCCCAUCUGAACAGAGGCCACCCUCAAACCAGCAGCAACCCCCCCUUCCUGCAGGAUCCAGAGCUAACUCUAACCUUACUGCCAACUCCCAGCGGGUAGGGGGCGGACCUGCACGUUCAGGACACAUCCGUCCUCCGGUCGCUAAGAAGCCAACCAUUGCUGUUAAACCUACUAUGAUGCUCCCCAGCUUAUCUCCAGGACUGGAUUCAGAUGGCAAUCUUCAACAGCAAACAAAUGUUAUAGAACAAGAUAAAACAUCAGCUUUUACUGCCUGGAAUCGCAAUGGACUGAACUGUAAGAGGCCUGGUGGGCCCAACAAUAACAAUGAAGGAGAAGAUGACAGUGAGGAAAUAGAGGGUUAUGGACCACUCAGCCCAAGGACGCCCAGUGGAAAUAAUAACAACAGUGGACUGACGGAUGUCCUUAAAGAGAUUGCUGGGUUGGGCCCUGGCUCUAGCUCCCCGCUGCUGUCUGGUUCCAAAGACCUGUUUUGGGGGCGAAUCAGUAGCUCAUAUCGAAGGUCCCUGGAAAGAGGCCUUCCAGCUUCUAGCUGCCUGGCUAUGGGAAGCAGCAGCACAGAAGGUGGAGCUCAGAAACGAGUGUCACUAAGUGAUUGUACAAAGAUCAUUAGCUCAGAGGGUGGGCGCUACUGCUACCCAGAGUUUUCCAGUGAGGAUGAAGAUGAUGAUGAAGAUGAGGAGGGUGAAACUGAGAAAGAUGAGGAGGAGCAUGAGAGCUGGGAUGAAAGUGAUGAAGAGUUACUAGCCAUGGAAAUCCGUAUGCGAGGCCAGCCACGAUUUGCCAAUUUCCGUGCUGCGACCUUGUCUCCGGUGCCCUUUGCAGCAGGGAAAAAAUGGAAUACGGUGCCCCUUCGAAACCGCUCCUUACAGAGAAUUUGUGCGGUGGACUACGAUGAUAGCUAUGAUGAAAUCUUGAAUGGAUACCCAUCCAAUGGAAGCCUUCUCCCCUAUGGACCUCGUGAGACGCAAAGCAGUGCUUUCCUCUCAAAUUCAGAAUCCACAACCUCUCCUGAAUCAUCUUCAUCAUUGCAAGAAGAUUCUCAAACCAUUUCCAGUAGUGGAAGCAGUGUGUUUAAAAAUGGCUUGCAUUCGCCCACAUCUUCUAAGGCACCUGUGCUUUGUACAACCCCCCCAAACAAGGAGUCUCCAAAAAGGGCUCUGAGUCCACCUAGGCUGGCCGAGACUCACAAGGCAGUGCUAGCAAUUAGAUUAGAGGACCAAGAUGGUAGGGAAGGGAUGCCAAUGCCUCAAGCCCUUCCUGGACAACCAGUUACUAUAAGCUUCAGCCCUACAGAGGAGCAGGCUAAACCUUAUCGUGUAGUUAAUUUGGAAAAGUCCCUGAUUUGUAAGCCUUACACUGUGGUAGAUGUCUCUGCAUCAAUGGCAAGUAAAGAGGAAAACAAACAAGAUCCGUUGCCAAGACCCAAAAACCUACCAAAACCCUCUAGUCCUACAUCAUUCUGUAGCACCCCUUCAGUCCAGCCCCUUUCUCCUGUGACUCCCAUUUCCCCAACUUCUCCUUUAAGAUCAGUAUCACCUUCAUCCAUUGCUCUGUCACAAAAGAAAACUGGACAAAUACGAUACCAAGAAGUAUGGACGUCAAGCACAAGUCCUCGUCAGAAGAUACCCAGAGUGGAUCCAGGGUUUGGGAGUAGUUCUGGCCAGUCCAUUGCUCCUCAGUUUUGCAGUCACAAGUCAGCUCCCACUUCUCCCAUUGCAGGACUGUCAUCCUCUAGAACUGUACCCGUAAAAUCUCCAAACCUGUCUGAGAUAAAAUUCAAUAGUUUUAAUAAUGCUGGCAUGCCUCCUUUUCCAAUUAUUAUCAGAGAUGAGCCAGCCUAUGCCCGGAGCUCCAAGAAUGCAGUGAAGGUACCUAUUGUUAUCAAUCCGAGUGCCUAUGACAAUCUUGCAGUUUACAAGAGUUUCUUGGGCCUCCAUGGUGAGCAGUUACAAACAAAAGGGGGUAGUGGUAGGGUUGCAAGCCAUACAUAUGAAGAGAUUGGUUCUUCCGAGAGUGUCCAGUCCUCCUCUACAGAGAAAACACUUUCUGGGAAGGCCGCAUCAGAGCAAGCUUUGCUUGAGGAGACGAAGUUUCCACUUGAAGUAGUGCCAAGUUUGCAGGGUAGAACCACUACAGAUCCAAGCACACUAACAAGCACUGUUAAGAACUCCUCAUCUGGGGUCCUCUCUCCCACUACAGCAACAGUUUCUUCUGCCAGUCUUGCCAUUGCUGCAAAUAUAAUUAAAACCAGCCCUGCUGCUAAUGCUGUUACAAACCCCUACAUUAAAAGUGGAAAUGAUGAUGAUAAAGUAUUAGUUGCACCUACGGGGACAGGUGUAAGUCACAGAGAAGAGGCCAGUGCUGUGCUGUCACAGAUUGUAGCAUCAAUCCAGCCUCCACAGUCUCCUCCAGAGUCCCCCUCAGCACAAACCAAACCCUUGAGCUCUGAGGAGUUAUACGCCCUCCCUCCUGAUGCCAUGAAGGAGACCCUUACACGACCCAAGUCUCUGUUUUCUGGCACUGAUAGUUGUCUUUCCAAGCCGAAAAAAGAAAACCCCUCAAAGGUUUUGUCAAAAUCCCAGAGUGCGUCUGCUGCUGUCCCACUUGCCAAUUCCAGAUCAGAGCCCAGUGCGCCCUACCCACCACCGAGGUCCACAUCGUCCCCUUAUCAUGCUUCUAACAUACUACAGAGACAUUUUGGUAAUUGGACAAAGAGCUCCGCCUCCAGCUCCCCAUCGCGACCUGGUGAAGGCGAAUCGAGCCCCGGUGGGGAGGGGAGACGGAUGUCUGCUGAGAGUUCCAAACCUAAAAGGUGGAUUUCCUUUAAGAGCUUUUUUCGCCGGCGGAAAGAUGAUGAUGAUCAGAGAGAGAAGGCAGAGAAAGACAAAGAGAAGGGCAAGCUGGUUGGGCUUGAUGGGACUGUCAUCCAUGUUCUUCCACCACCACCCAACCAACAUCAGCACUGGUUCACAGAGGCCAAACCUGAGGAUCCCACCCAGAAGCCUACCAUUAUUUUUACCUACAAACCAGACACAGGUAGCAGCCCUGGUGAUGGAGAUCUUCGCAUAGAGCAGUGUAGAGAAACUGAUCUGCUGGCAGAAGAGAGCAGGGACUCUGACCUUUUGGGCCAAGGGGAAACUGUACCAUCAGAAGGUGCUGGAGGAGACGCCAGCAGUAAAGACCUCAGCCAGGUACCAGUCAGUCAUGCCAGGGACCGAGACCUGCCCAGGAUCAUCCCUCUGCCUGCCAGAGUGAAUCUAGGGCUGGUGUUCGGGGACGCCCAUGAAGACCAUGCCAACCAGGCCGCCCCCCCAGUCGCCAUCAGUGAUGGCAGCAUCAGCGUUGGCGAGCCGGAGGACGAUGGAAAUCAUUCCCAUCACUCCCACUCUCCUGCCUCCAGCCAGUGUAGCGCAACCUACAGCAACCUAGGUCAGUCAAGAGCCAAUAUGAUCCCCCUGAAACAGCCGCGGAACCUCAAAGCCUCCAAUGACACGUUGUCCUCCGUGGACCUCGAUGGCUCCAUGGACCAGCCCCCUUCUAAAGCCACUCCUCCUCCGCUUCCCAAGAAGAUUGUCCCUCGCUCCAGCACUGAACCCAGCCUGGGGGUCAAAGAGCCCGCCCAGGGAGCCCUCAGACCCCGGGCUGAGGCCAAACCAGGAGGUACUAACCUGAGUGUGGCCAACCCUCUGUAUGACCUGGACUCCACCUGGGAGACGGCUAGCCAGAGCUCAUCUGUGAGCUCUGAACCACAUCGAGGCCAUGACCAUGAGAGCGGUGACUCUUUGGAGAGGUCGUCUGCUUCCACAGCCACUAGCAAGGGUCGCUUGGCUAACAGCGUGUCCUCCCUUACCCCCCAGCCAGCCACCGCCACACCUGGUACUGCCUCUGGCAGAGACAAGAGGGCCUUCCCCAGCGUGGAGUCUCUGGGUGGGAGGGGUCGGACUGCAGGACGAGGGACGGCUGGCGGGGGGGCCUCUAAACCACACAGACCUGCUCUUUACAGGGGCUUGGACAGCUGGGAUGAGGUGGUUGGGAGGAUCCGCGGACUUCACACCGACACCCUACGGAAAUUGGCUUCAAAAUGUGAGGACCGCUUCAUGGCCGGCCAGAAGGACCACCUGCGCUUUGGGACCGACAGCUGGUCCCACUUCAGGUUGACCACCGGCAAACCGUGCUGCGAGGCAGGAGACGCCGUCUACUAUACUGCCUCUUAUGCCAAGGACCCUCUGGUCAACUACGCCAUCAAGGUGAGCAAGAUCUGCCGCAGCCACGUGAAGGAGACACAGCAGCAGUUCUUCCACAGCCUCGCUGUCAGACAGAGCCUGCCGGUGCACUUUAACAUCCAGCAGGACUGUGGCCACUUCCUGGCUGAUGUCCCCACCCGACUGCUGCCUUGGGAGGAGGAGGAAGAGGAGGAGGACAACAACGAAGAUGAAGAGGGGAGAGAAGGGAAUGAUGAAGGACAGACGGAGAAAGGAAUUCGAAUGGACACAAAAGUGAGCGAGUCUGAAGCAUCCAACAAGUCCGAUGAGACCCCAGCAGCAGGGAACAUGAACACAGCAGCCCACCUGAGGAGCCGAGUGGUUGUCAUCACACGGGAGGUGCCCUUCCAGACGGUGGCGGACUUUGUCAGAGAGGGUGUGGCCCGCCAUGCUAGCAACCCCGAGCUUUACGAACGUCAGGUGUGUCUCCUGCUGCUGCAGCUCUGCUCCGGCCUGGAGCACAUGAAGCCCUUCCACGUCACCCACUGCGACCUACGGCUGGAGAACCUGCUGAUGGUCCAGUGCCAGCCGGGCAACCCCUGGAACCUGGAAAUCCUCGAACCCAACAACAACAGCAGCGGCAACAGCUCAGGGGCUUCAGCUGCCAGCAGCGCCACCUGUCCCGCCCGCCUCAUCAUCAGCAACUUUUCUCAAGCCAAACAGAAGAGCAGCCUGAUGGCCACCGACCCCGGGACGCUGCGUAACCAGUUGAGGCUGGCGCCGGAGAUCAUCACGGCUACACAGUACCGCAAGUGUGAUGAGUUCCAAACCGGGAUCCUCAUCUACGAGAUGCUGCACAGACCCAACCCGUUCGAGGAGACGCCGGACCUGAAGGAGCGGGAGUACACAUGGGCGGACCUGCCGCCGCUGCCCGUCAGGUCGCUCUACUCUCAGGGUCUGCAGCAGCUGGCCAGGUUGCUGCUCACCGUCAACCCGUCAGAGCGCAUCCAGAUGUCAGAGGCCCGAGCCUGCCUGCAGUGUCUCCUCUGGGGGCCCCGGGAGGACCUGUUUCAGGCGCUGGGCUGCAGUAGCACAGGCCCCAUGUCAGGAGCCACGGCGAGCCAGCGGGAAGCCACCCUGCAGAACUGGCUGGACCUGAAGCGAACCCUGAUGAUGAUCAAGUUCGCUGAGCGCUCCCUGGACACAGCCUGCAGCGUGAGCCUGGAGGACUGGCUCUGCUGCCAGUACCUGGCGUUCGCCACCACAGACAGCCUGGGCCGUGUGGUGCACAUCCUGCAGCAGCCGCCCCACAACCAGAACCAAACCCAAACACAUCCGGCACACACACACCGACUGACUCAGUCGCAGCAACUCUAAGCUGCUCUUCCCAUCUGUUACUAUGGCAACCCCCCCACCCC